GUUCAGAGUAGGUUCCCUAGAAGUUCUGAGUUCCGAGCUUUGAGAUAAUGUCGUCAGAUUUGCGCCUGGCAUUUGUGCUGAGCCUGGCCGCAUUUUUAGCCGUCAGCUGGGCAGAUACAUUGGUCCAGCUGCAUGUCAAUCGUCCCUACAACGAUGUGAGUGAGAAAUUCGUCAGCUUUGCCGUGAAGCCGGAGGAUUUGUACGAUGCUUUGGAUGGACCGAACCGAAAGGCAUUGACCGGCAUGGCGGCCAUGCUUGGCGAUUCGUAUGUCAAGUUCAUUGGGGAUUUCUAUUUUGCAACAAAUGCGCCGAAACGUCUGCGGAAUCCAACGAAGAUAAUAUGGAAGGGCUUCAAUCGUUGGACGAGAGCUGUCAAUUGGACGAUGAUAAUACCCGUGCCGUAUGCGCCAGACGAAUGGGAUUCCAUGCACACGCUCAAAAUUCUGAAUACAUCGUAUAUGGUGGGCAUUACGGAUUGCAUUUGGCAACUGGGCACAGAUUUUGGCACCUCACGCGCCAAGGACUAUGUGCGUGAGCUGAACACACUCAAGCUGAUGUCGGACACAUUCAAGCCGUAUGUGGAUGAUUGGCGUGUCAUGGGAGCAGAUAUAUCAGCGGGAAGUAGUGCGCCAGAGACACGGCGCUAUGUGGAUAUGACCAAGGAUGUGAAUGCUGCUUUUGGCUGGACGCAACCACCGAACAUGUUGCCGGCCAGCAGCUUGGGCAGCUAUAUCUUCGAAGGAGAUCCAGCACUGAAGGUGCUGCAACAGGCACGACUUCCACUCUGGCUAACGCUGCCACAGGAGAAGAGUGAGGGCUCGUCCGCACAGAGAAUCAGCAAACGUCUGAUUGGCGAUGAGACGACGGAUGCCUUGCGUUGGGCUCAGACCCUGGGCGAUGCGGCCAGUACUGGCUUUGAUGUGGUGUUCAAACGCAUGACUCUAGCGGAUUUCAAGCGUCCCAAUUAUAGUUUUUGGGUUACGGCACUUUUCAAAAAGGUCAUGGGAUCACGUGUCUUUCCAGCGCGGCCGCUGAACAUGUUCGCUCCCACCAACAAGCUCUACACGCAUUGCGCCAACGAUGUGUCUGGCGGCCUGGCAUUUAUGGUGGUCAAUACCGAGGACCAACCCACAACGAUUACUGUACGCAGCUUAAGUCGACUGGCCAGCAGUGAGGUAUGGCAGUACAUACUGACUGCCAAUGAUGGACGGGUUCGGCUCAAUAAUGAGAAACUAUCGCUUAACUCUACGCUGCGUCCAGUCAUCAAGUCCAAGGACUCGAGCAAAAUGCUGCAGCUGAUCACGCCCACUAUGUCUGUGGGCUUCUGGGUGCUGCCCAAUGUCAAUCUAGAGCACUGUCAGUAUACAGAAGUCGAGGCAGAAGAAGUGGCUGCUGACAGCUCUUCGGAAAAGGAUCGUAGCAAUGGCUAUAGCUCCGCGGAUCGUUUGCUGCAGCGCCUGAUCGAGGAGACGUCUGUCACUCGUGGCUCCCUUCAGAGUGCCAUCAAUCGUCAGCGACGUUUUGUGCUAGAAAACCAGGAUGCCUCGGAACCACCAGGCUUGCUGGGACAGCUGCUGCAGCGAUUUAAAGUAGACACGGAUUCAGCUAUUGGCCCCGUCUCGGUAAAUAGGAAACGAGAAUCUGUGGCCGAGCCAGCUAAAAAGUCGAAGACACAGCCUGUGAGCAUACGUGAUGCUUUAGUUUGGCUCCGUCAAGUACUAGAACAGACGCGUGACGUAGCACGUGAAGCGAGUGGUCAGCGUCGAAGACGCAGUGUCGACAGUUUCCGUGGACCGUUCUUUUAUAAUCGUCAAGGCAAACGAACGACUCUAACAAAGAAGAUAACCGAAAUACGCAGACCUGAACAAAAUAUUAAGCCGAUCUGGGAGCAUGGCGAGUUCGAUGAGGAAGAAUUCUUCAAGAAAGUUGGCGAUCAUACGGAACCGCCUCCAUAUACACGUCUGCCUGAAGGUGAUGUGCAUUUGAAGCACAUUGAGACACAGGAUGGUGAGGAGGAAGAACAGGAUGAUGCGGAGCCCAAAUCGUAUAAAAAGCGUGGACCAUUUGGCAAGAAAUCUCUGAAGAUCGUUCAACGUUCACAAGAGAUUGAAGACGGAGGUGAGCAUCGGAAGCAGCGUUUAUUGCCCACGGAAUUCUUCGAGGCGCUGCCAGCUCCCAUACAUGGAAAGCGCUUGAAUUUGGGCGCCACGCUGAACACGCUACUCUUUCCCGAACCCUUCUCCAGCAAGGCCACUAUAGGCAAGAGCAAGGAUAAGCAUGAAGAGGCUGCCAGCGCAGAGCACGAUGUCGAGCCUGUGGAGGGCAGUGGAAAGCGACCGAAACCAGGUCAUGUGGCUUCGGACUUUUUGCAGGCACAGCGCGAACUAGGCAAACAUUUUCUCAGUCACAUCAAGGAGCAUCAGCAAGAGUUUCCGCUGGGUGGAGAAGGAGCUCAUGAGAGCUCCCUAGAGCUGGAACCAUUAGAGCGUCGAGGUCCACUCCGUCAACCGCUGCACACGAAUAUUGCAAGCAGCAGUCGUCAUCAUGAUGGAGUCGAUUAUUUUGGUGCAAAGGCAUCAAAGCGCAUACCGAAGCCAGCUGAUGAGGGCAUAACUUCCUGGUGGGAUUUGCCAGCACGACGACGCAGACGUGCCCUGCCCCUGGCCUACUCCACAGAAACCCUUCGUUCCAAUGCCAUUGACAAGGAUGGUGAGGACGAGCUGCUGCCACUGGGAAAUGUCGUGCCAGGACGUUACUCUCUCUUCGACUACAGAGUGGAUCUGCCCACAACAGAGCCCAAAACUGUGGUCCAGGAGCCCCCAACGGAGUCAAUAAUUAUGAAAAUAUCCAAGACGCGCAACACGUCAUCCCAACAGUUGAAGGAGAACUUGACGCUCUCCGACAAAAUUGUGACCACAGUCAAGUCGAAAGUUUCCAAAUUUAUGCACAUCAUAUCACGUCACAUGAACGAAUGGUACAACACAUUGUCGCGUCACCUGGAAACUGGUGAAGAGGAGCAGCAGCGACAGAGGGAGGCUGAAGAAAAUGCCAUACGGAAAUAAAUGAGAGUGAGAAUUUUAACUCUAGUUUAGUGUAAAUACAUACAAUGUAACUAUAAUUAAUGUUAUAAUUUACAAAAGUACAGUACAGAGAAAUGUAUUAGUUAAUGAGAUGACUAAAGAAUGCUAAAGUUUUAAAACGAGAAUCAAAUAAUAUUAAGUGUAACUACAUACAUA